CCGGUAUCAAACAGAAGGUAAGGUGAUAGCUGUCAAUAUAUAACCCUAUAUACUCACCCUGGUUCAGUGUGCUUCGCUCUGUUUGAUGAGAUCCAUGAUUGGACCUAUAAAGUACUGCACUAGUUCACAGAGGGUGCUGCAUCGGUCGAGGAGUGACAACGGGUGGGUGCGGCUACGUACAUAGCCUAUCUGCUUUCCAAAGUGCUAAGCCUAGACCUGGAACUGGUGGACAGAUUCUUUUUAGUUGAGGACUGGAAACCCAUGGCAGCAAGAUGAGAGUUAUUUUGUCGUUCGCGAUUUGUUUGGCGGCAGGGAGCCUGUCCCUCGCUCAAGAUAGUGACUGUGGGGUCAAAUUCCUCCUCACAGCCCCCAAGAUAUUGUUGGCUGGCACAACAGAGAAGAUAUGCGUGGAUCUCCUGAACAGCUCUGCGGUCGAACUUGGCCUUACGCUCGAGACGGACAACUAUUUCUGGGGUCCCGGGGAUGCUCCUGAGCCAGAGGUGCUCGCUGAAGUGAUCUACAGCAUGGACUCUGAGAGGGAGUGCUUUGACCUUGAGGUUCCUAGCGUCAGCGAAGAGAGGCAGCGUUCCAAGCUGAUCCUAGAGGUCACAGACAUGUCGAACCCUGAGAGAACGUGUAACCGCUCCAAGAAUAUCAUGGUCUCAAAUGCUCAUUUACAAACCUUGAUUCAGACUGACAAACCAAUCUACAAGCCGGGCCAGCCAGUCAAAUUCAGGAUGAUGUCUGUAGAUAAGGAAUUCAAGCCAUGCAAUGCAACAGUGGCCCUGAUCUACAUCGAGACACCCAAUGGUAUCAGGCUAGCCCAGUGGGAGGACAUUGAACCCAACAGGGGUUUGGUUGACCUGGAGUUCCCUAUGACCUCUGAACCCCUUCUUGGUGAUUGGACGAUCAAGGCAGACUUUGGAGACAGGAGGGCGGAGACGACCUUCAGAGUGGAGGAGUACGUUCUACCCAAGUUUGAGAUCACGGUUGAGUCAACACCCUCUUACUUCUUACUCACUGACACUUCCGCCACCGUCAAAAUCUGUGCUAGAUACACCUAUGGACAACCCGUACAAGGAACCAUGGCGAUAGAAGCAACGAUCACUAGCUACAGAAACAACAGACCAACCUCAUAUUAUGAAGGGGAGACCGAUAGCGAUGGAUGUUACUCUCUUGAUCUAGACCUGACCAUGUUUGAGUUGAGAUCGCAAAGUUACUCCACCUGGAACGCCUAUCUCAAGAUCGAUGCUGACAUCACAGACUCAGUGACAGGGGAAUCAUUGAGUCACUCUGCUGAGGUUGGUAAGGUCAGUCAGGAUGCGUUGUCCAUCGCUAUAAGCACGUCGUCAACAUUCAAACCAGGAGUACCAUUCUACGGCACUAUUCACGUGAACCACCCUGAUCAGACUCCUGCCGGGGAUGAGUUCAUCAUUCUCAAGGUGCAAGCUAAGGAGACUGGAAGCUAUCGCUACAAACCAAUCUUUACCCAGAAUUAUACCAGCCCUGCCGAUGGAGUUAUUGAUUUCACCAUCCCUGAUAUCAAUUUCAACACCACAGAUUUGAGUAUCAAUGCCGAGGCACCUGGGUUUAAGGACCUGGACACUGCCAACUAUACCCAGUACCGUAUUUACAACCCAUUUGGCUCAGCGUACGUCAGAGCACAGUACUCACCUAGCGGCAGCUUCGUUCAGAUUGAGCCAAUCUAUGGAACGCUUGCUCCGGGUUCAACCCAGAAUCUCAACAUUUUCCUGACCAGCGACACGGCCGAUGCAGAAGAAACAAAGUUUGAGUUUGUGUUCAUGUCUCUUGGUGACUUCAUAGACGUCCCUGUGUCAGCACCAUUGUCCAGGAGGAGGAGACAAGCAUGGAAUGGAGAUGAGGAACAAAAUGGUACUGAAUGUGAAGGUGACCUUGUGUUCAACAGCUGCUCCACCGCCUGUCCAUUAAUCUGUUUCCAGAACGUGAGUGAGUUCUGCACCUUCCAGUGCAUCAUCGGCUGCGUGUGCCCGGAAGGACUCUUCAGAGACACCAUCAACGGCACCUCUUGCAUGACGUCUGAUAACUGCACAAAAGUGGAGAUCGUGGAGGAGGAGGAAGGCGAGUUGGAUAUUAUCGAAAUUUAUCCGCCCAUUUACCCCAUUUACCCGCCAAUAUACCUCCCUGACCCUGAUCCAGUAGACAUCGCUGAACCAGGUCAGCUGUAUUCAGUCCAGAGGUCGUUUGAGGUCACGGCAGACAUGAGUCCAGGUGCAAGCCUUCUGGUCUACUACAUCCGUGAGGAUGGGGAGGUCGUAGCGGAUAGCAUCACUUUUUCGGUCGAAGAGACUUUCGCCAACGAGGUGACAUUGGGUUUUGCUGACUCCCAAGUGAAGCCUAACGGUGAGACCACCCUUGAUGUGACGGCUGACCCUGACUCACUCUGCGGUGUGGGUGUGGUUGACAAGAGUGUCUACGUGUUGGGAGGAGACAAUGUACUCACCAAGGAUGCGCUGUUUGAUUCUGUGCGGGCAUAUCAGUUAGACAGGUACGGAGGCUUCUUUGACUCCAGCUCCAAGUGUUCAGGCAGCAGCUCUCCCUACAGGUAUAGGAGGAGGAAGAGGACCAGUGUGCCCUGGUAUGGAGGCUCCUCUUCAAACUUUGUGGACUCGUCUACAGCUUUCAAGAAUAUUGGUCUAGUCUACCUCACCAGCCUGGACGUUGAAACUAAACCGUGCCCAACGUACAAACCUUAUCCUAUAGCGUAUAACCGCCAGAACGGGCUACCUGGAAGAGAAGGACCAGUGGCCAUUCCCUUUGUUGUUGAGGAUAGGGUGGAUGAUAACGUUGUUUUAGAAGGGGAGUCUGUUGAAAAGGCAGGAUCAGGAGCUCAGAUACGAAGCUACUUCCCGGAGACGUUCCUGUGGGACUUGGUCACAACAGAUGAUUCUGGAUCAGCGUCGAUCGAUAUACAAGCCCCUCACACCAUCACCGACUGGAUCGCAAACGCUUUCUGUCUCUCCCCGGAGAACGGUCUGGGCGUUGCUCCCGCGACCUCUCUGACGACCUUCCAGCCUUUCUUCCUCUCUUUCUCUCUGCCUUACUCCGUCAUCAGAGGAGAAAACGUUCCCAUCAAAAUAAGCGUCUUCAACUACUUAGAUGCCUGUCUAGUGGUGAGAGUUACCCUGUCCAAGACUGAAAACUUUACGCUGCUCUCAGAGUCUGAUUCUCAGGAUGUCUGCGUCUGUGGGGGACAAGCAGAUUCGGUGGAGUUCCGUAUCGUUCCUUUAGCCCUCGGUCAAAUCCCGCUCCAAGUGAAUGGUGUAUCUGUUCUUGACUCGGACACUCUGUGUGGGAAUGAAAUCAUCAGUGAUCAGACCGGAGCGGAGGACACGGUCAGGAGAGAUCUCCUUGUCAAGGCUGAAGGUGUGCCUGAAGAUUUCUCCUGGAGUUCAUAUUUCUGUUUAGCUGAUCACCCGUUCGGGAUUUACCACGACCGUGCAACGUUGCCUCCAAGUCUCUGGAGUAAUGUAAACCUGGUUCCUGACUCUACCAAAGGAAAAAUAAUAAUCACAGAUGAUAUGCUUGGCCCAAGUUUGGAGAACCUUGAGCAUUUGAUUCGCCUACCUACCGGCUGUGGAGAGCAGAACAUGCUUGGCUUCGUACCCAACAUCGUAGCCCUAGAGUACCUCAGCGCAACCAAUCAGCUGACGGAUAAACUGGAGGAGAAGAUCAAAGGCAACAUGAGGGUGGGCUACCAACGAGAACUCAACUAUCGCCAUAGCGAUGGCUCCUUCUCUGCAUUUGGAGAAAGUGAUGAAUCAGGUAACACAUGGCUUACAGCCUUUGUAGUGAGAUCUCUAGUGCAGUCUAGUGAUUUAAUCUACGUGGACAGGGCUGAUCUCAAUAUAAGCAUUGCCUGGCUGAAGAGUCUUCAGAACCCUGACACCGGUUGCAUCCGAUCUGUGGGUUACCUAGGAUACAAGGCUAUGAUGGGUGGUGUCAGUGGUGAAUCCAUGUUGACUGCCUAUGUGGUAGUGACCUUCCUUGAGGCCGGCCUUCCCCGUGAGGAUGAAGGUGUAGUAAGGGGUUUAGAGUGUGUCAUAGCUGACUUGGAGUCAGUUGAUGAUACCUACGCUCUGGCUCAAAUUGCUUAUGCCUUAGCGCUGGCGGACAGGACAUCAGAAUUUGACCAAGUCAUGAAUAAACUCAAAGGACGAGCAGUAACAGAAGGUGAUUUAAGCUACUGGAACAGCAAUCGUCCAGUGUCUCCUGGACGAUCGUACGGCUCAGUUUCUUCCAGUUCCAUCAACAUCGAGAUCAACUCAUACAUGGUUCUGACACAGUUCUUGCGUCUCCCAGAAGCGGAAGCCCGCCAGAAUACAGCAGUUACCAUCAGAUGGUUGAUCAAGAACAGAGGGGCUCAGGGAGGAUUCGGUUCAACGCAGGACACCGUGAUGGGUUUGACCGCUCUUGCUAAGUUUGCAGCCAACAGUGCUGAAAAUACGGUCUUGUACGUCGAAGCCAAGCCUGUGAGUGCAACGGGAGAAUUCAUCACUAGACGCUUCUAUCUCAAUGAAAACACGAGGAGGCUACAAAUAGAGCAUCACUUUGAUGGGAUGUUAAGAGUCGUGAACUUCAGGGGCAAAGGAGAAGGAUGUGCCUUGAUCCAGAUUGCAAUUAAUUACAACGUCAAGCCAAGCGAGCCCAGUCAGCCGUCGUUCACACUCAAGACAGCAGUAGACCCGCUCAGGAGCAAGAAAGGGGUCUGCAAUGACUACAGGCUCACAACCAGUACCAGUUAUAACGAUGGAUUGGACGAGGAAUCAAACAUGGCACUAGUGACAGUCGUUCCUCCGUCAGGAUUUUACCCGAUCAAGUCUUCUCUUGAAUCACUGAAGGAUAGAUCUCCAGCGGUCAAGAGGUUUGAAAUCGAUGGCGAAAAGAUCAACUUUUAUUUUGACACUCUUGACAAUGAAGUCCAGGUGUUCAGCUUUGAUGUGACCAAGGAGUUUAAUGUGGAAGACGUCAAACCAGGAUAUGUCACAGUCACAGAUUACUAUGAGAAGAGUUUGACAAAAUCUAUUGAGCUUGAGCUGGAAUGUGACCCCGAUCGUGAACCAAUUGAUGUUGAGUUUUUAAGCAUUGAUCCUGUGGAGGAGGAUGUGUUGAAAGAGCUGAUCCCACCACCUCCACCACCUCCCUUUGACCCAAUGACCUUUGAUCAAAUGACCCUAUCUCCAUCCGUUGACGAAGCUACAGAGGAGAGAGUUCUUGGAGAAGGUCCAGAGCCGCAGGAGACACCAAUCACUGAGGAAGGCACACCCUUCCCAGGAUUCGGUUUCCAACCUACCGGUAAGGAAGGAGAUCAGAAUGUCAGCAAACCGGUGGAAGCGGUAGAGGACAAGCUCUCGCCUGGACCGGACAAGCUUGGACCAGAGUCCAAGGACGGUGGGGACUUACAAGGAGCUGGCGAGGAAGAUACUACGAAGGAAGGGGGUGUUUCAGAGGAAGCAGAUGAACAUAAACCAGGCAAGGCUACAGAUGGAACCCCUGCAGAGCUCAAGACCGAUAUCACUUUCGAUGAACGAAAGGAGGAAGGUGGACAUUCGAGUAGUGAAGAAGUGCUCGGAACUGAAGAAGUUGCGACAAUGGCAACAGAUCAAGGAAUGGUGACGGAGAUCGUCUAUGUGGAAGGAACAGAAGGCACCCCAGAAGAUGUAACUGGAGACGGAACGGUAGCCUAUCGCUUUGAAGUGGGGACUCCCCUCGUUUAUUAUGGCGUCGAGGAAAUCGUAGAAGGCACAGAGGUAGUGUCGACCGUACUUGAUGGGACAGUGGAAACAGAGGUAACGGAAAUAAUGACCGGGGAAGCAGAGACAGGGGAAGCAGAGACAGGGACAGCAGUAACUGAAGAGGAUGUGACAGUAACAGCAAUGGUAGAAGGCACUGAAGCACCAUCCACACCACCACCUCCACCUGACUUUGAUGAGUGCACUGUUGCAAACAUCUGCCCAGCAGGCACAGAGUGUUUCAACUUCCCUGGUACCUAUGAAUGCAGAUGUCUUCCCGGCUACACAGAAGAUGAAGAAGGAAACUGCCACGAUUGCGCUUACUGUGGGGAUACGUUACCGGAGGACGGGAAGGACCGAUUCUGCAGCUCAGACUUUGUUUACAUUGUGAAGAGGAGAAAGAAUGACCUCCGUCUACUCAAAGAAAAGCGUUUUACAGAUGAAGUGCUUGAUGGUAGAGUCUACCGUUCAUUUGAAGUUCCUGAUAACACCUGUACGUGCGACAUGUUGGGAUACAAAGCAGUGGAACGCUUCAUCAUCAUGGCGAAUGCAACAAGCGAGGGCGAUAAGCCUCUCAUCCUGGACCAUACUGCCACCAUCCUUCCGUUCAUGGGUCUAACCAUAAAUGAGCUGGACGGCUGGAGAGACGAGUGCCCCUAGAGGGCCUCCUCUAUCACAUCCUUCCUUUAAUACCCUCAUAGUGACAGUACAGGGGGCUUUUCACAAAACUUGUCAUCAGUGACAAAUGACAGUCUUUGUUAUAAGCCACUGGAAUCCUCGCUUCUGAUUGGUUAUCAGCAGAUUUGUCACCAAUUUUUGUCAUUUGUUAUUGAAAAAAGGCUUUGUGAAACAGGCCCCAGAUGAGUGACUUAAAAUCAAAUCUUCUUGAGACAAGUUUUCAACGUUACCUGUUUAUUGAUUGUUCAUAUUUAUACAACCAAUAUUUCUGAAGAAAUAUGCUGAAGAAAGGUGUAUAAUUCAUAUUCAGAACUCCUUUUAUUACUAUCUCUUCAAUACUUUCUUUGUCACAUUUUCAAUAAUCAUUUCAAGCCCAAACAAAAGUAAUUAUCAAGAAAAAUUGUUUGUCUUGUUGUUAUGGGUCUGAAUGGUUAUUCUGUACAUUUCUUCAGCAGUAUUACAUUUCUUGAAUGAACACAUGAUUACUAGAGCUUCUAUGUGUAAAUUAAUCAUUAAUUUGUGAGGAAUGCAUAUCAGAAUCAUUCUGUGCACUUCCAACAUACAAGCAUAUUUUGUACAGAUAUUUGUAAUAUACUUUAUAAACAAUAAGAUAUGCAGUAUGGUAGUAUUGUCCUAGAUAUCAUUAACAUUAAUAUUAGCUUAUAUUAUUCAUGUAGCCUAUUCCUUAUCAUGAUUAGGCAUUACUAGCCUUUGUAUAGAAAUAAAUGUUUAAUUUGUUACACAGGAAAUUGUCCAGCCAGCUGUGUAUAAUGGAUAUAGCAUGUAGUUGCGUUCAAAAAUCCUAUACUUGAAACUGCCAAGUAAUUGUAUGUUUAAUGUUUAUAAUAUCCUCAUCAUUUAUUUGAUGUACCUUUUUACUGUAUGUAUGAAUGUUCUGUUCAACUCCUUGUGUACCACAAAAUGUGUGGUUUAAAUUUUGAAGAUAAAUGUUUAAAGUUGUCCAGCCAGCUGUGUAUCUUGGAUAAAGCAUGUAUUUGCGUUGAAAAAAAAUCCUAUACUUGAAACUGCCAAGUAAUUGUAUGUUUAUAAUAUCCUCAUCAUUUGUAUGAUGUAUGUAUGAAAGCUCUGUUCUACUCCUUAUGUACCACAAAAAUGUGGGGUUUAAAAAAAAAUGUUUAAUGUUGUCCAGCCAGCCGUGUAUAUUGGAUAAAGCAUGUAGUUGCGUUGAAAAAAAUCCUAUACUUGAAACUGCCAAGUAAUUGUAUGUUUAUAAUAUCCUCAUCAUUUGUAUGAUGUAUGUAUGAAAGCUCUGUUCUACUCCUUAUGUACCACAAAAAUGUGGGGUUUAAAAAUAAAUGUUUAAUGUUGUCCAGCCAGCUGUGUAUGUUGGAUAAAGCAUGUAGUUGCGUUGAAAAAAAUCCUAUACUUGAAACUGCCUAUACUUGAAACUGCCAAGUAGUUGUAUGUUUAUAAUAGCCUCAUUUUUACUGUAUGUUUGAAAGUCCUGUACUACUCCUUGUGUAUCCCAAAAUGUGUGCUUUAAAGAUAUAUUUCAGAAUUGACAUUGAUUUCUCUUGAGGAUAGGUAAGUCCAUACACUACAAGCGGGUUUAAAAAAAAGUUGUUCAUUAUUAUUGCUUUAGAUUUUACUUGUAUUAGCUCUGCGUACAUUACUAUUUGAAACAGAUCAUUUCAUCCUACUAGAUUCUACAACUGCUGUUCUAUUUCUGAUGUUCCUAAGCUCAUGAACUGUGCAAGUACAUAUACCUUGAUAUGAUAUUCGUUCUUUAACAGCUGUUUAGUAUAAAUUGUAGUAGUCAGGAUUUGUUUGUUUAUGUUUUUCCACUGGAGACUUGUAGAUGUUAUAUCAUAAUGAGGUGUACUAAUCUUUGUUUUUGUUUUGAUGGUGAUGGGAUGUGAAAAAAUUAAAAGAAAACUGUCAAUUAUCACAUUAA